UCGAUGGCGGCCGGGACGCGGUGGCCGCGUUUUGUCGUCCCCCUGCUUCCAGGCUGCUAAGACGGGCCCGGUCCUGUCGUGCCACCCGGCGAGACCGCAGGCAUGCGCUUGCCGCCGCCGCUCCCUCUGCUGGGGGGGCUCCUCCUUCUGCAGGGCGUCUGGAGGCCGCUGCGGGGGGACCUGGUGUUCAUCCCUCCUGUCAUCCGCAUGUCCGGCCCUGCGGUCAGCGCGUCCCUGGUCGGAGGCACGGAGAAUGUGACCGUUUCCCUGGCCCUGCUGCAGGACGAGAUGGGAUUAUCGCCAGUUCCAUAUUGUGGAGCGCAGGACAAUGAGACAGGAGACUGGAGUUUGACUGUCACCCCCAAUGUGGUAAGGCCAGAGAAUUCGUUGGAAGUGACAGUGAGGUUGAAGAGGAGUCUGCAGUCCUGUUUCUCUAAUGAGACAGAUUACUUCUCUGAGUCCCCGUGUGUUGUCCAAACUCUUGUGGUUUCAGCGGCUCGCAAUUCGUCCUGUUUAGCACACCUUCUCAUUCAAGUGGAAAUUUACGCCAACUCUUCCCUGGCCCAUAAUGCAUCAGAGAACGUGACUGUUAUUCCCAACCAGGUGUAUCAGCCGCUCGGUCCCUGUCCUUGCAACUUAACAGCCGGGGCCUGUGACGUUCGCUGCUGCUGCGAUCAGGAGUGUUCAUCAAAUUUAACAGCACUGUUCAGGGACUCCUGUUUCCCCGGCGUUUUUGGAGGAGAUGUCAAUCCUCCCUUUGAUCAGCUCUGCUCCGUUCAGACGGCGCACGGAGUCCCCGACUGGUUUCCGUUCCUGUGCGUGCAGCUGGACAACUCGCCCUUCCUGGGACUCUUCUACCUCGGAUCCGUUUCCUCUGGGCAAAGCGCUUCCCCUGAAGUGUAUUUGCAUGCUGACCUAAAAGACUUUUCAGACUUUGGUUACAAACAGGGAGAUCCAGUUAUGACUGCAGAGAAGGAGUAUUUUACCAUCCCGCAGGUGUCCCUGGCUGGGCGGUGCCUGCGGAACGCCCCCGUGGCUUUCCUGCAGAAUUUUGACGUUCAGUGCGUCACUGAGCUGGACACGUACCAGGAACAAGACGGUGCUGCCAACGUGAAGAUAAAGAAUGGUGUGGUAGGAGGCAUACUUACACCAAAAGUUAUCUAUGAGGAAGCAACCGACCUGGACAAGUUCAUCACCAACACAGAAACACUUUUGAGCCGCGGACCAGCCCCCAGGAACGUGAAUGUGGAAGAACAUUAUAUUUUCAGAUGGAAUAAUAAUACAAUCAGUGAAAUAAACGUCAGAAUUAUUAGGGCAGAAGAAGCCCAGCAGAAAGGAAUCAUGACACAGAAAUUUACAGUGAAAUUUUUAAGCUAUAACAGUGGUAAUGAAAAGGAAUCAUCUGGAAAUCCAGGUUACCAGCUUGGCAAGCCCGUUCGCGCUCUGAGUACCAACCAGAUGAGUAACGCCACGACUUUACACCUUUGGCAAUCAGCUGGAAGGGGUCUGUGUACAUCAGCAACUUUCAAACCCGUUUUAUUUGGAGAAAAUGCACUAUCUGGGUGCCUUUUAGAAGUUGCAAUGAAUGAAAACUGUGCUCAGCUCAGGGAGAAUGCUAUUGAACUCCUUGAUUCAUUAAUACCAGCAACUCACGUUGCAAUGAGAGGCAACUCCGAUUACAAUGAUCUCAGCGACGGCUGGCUUGAAAUAAUACGUGCAGAUGCCCCUGAUACAGGUGCAGACUCACCCAACAGCAGCACGAAUGGUGUCUGCCUGGAUGUCCCUGCUCAGCUGAGCGUCCGCAUCCUCUUCUCGGAUGCUGGCACCGUGGAGGGGAUUACUCAGCAGGAGAUACUUGGCGUAGAGACAAGGUUCUCCUCCGUGAACUGGCUGUUCCAGUGUGGGCUGACGUGUGAGGAUGGGGCCGGCUUUUUCCCGCUCAGUGCAUCGGUCCAGUUUAUUAAGAUUCCUGCACAGUUACCCCGUCCACGUACAAGAUUCCAGAUCAAUUUUACAGAGUACGACUGUAACAGAAAUGAGGUGUGCUGGCCGCAACUUCUGUAUCCACUGACCCAGGAUUAUCAAGGGGAGCCUUACCCUCAGUGCGUGGCCAAGGGCUUCCUGUUGCUGACCUUCUUCGUGUUAGCCGUGGUCCUCAGUGACCCCUGCACCAGAACACGCAAAGCUCGGAAUUCAGCUCCCAUCUGACUUCUUAAGAGAUCAUCACCUUUUACUUCAGGGAUUUGUUGUCCUCCCGUGUGCCUCUCUGUAAAAUCUUAAUAAAUGAAAUGUUUUAUUUUUAUAGAAAAUUUCA